UACUCAACUCACUCUCUCUCUCUUCUCUCUCUCUCUCUCUCUCUCUAACUUUGAGGUUUGCUCUAGUGUCUUUGAGGUUUUUCUAGGAAACCACCAUGGCAGAUAAGCUAAACGAAGAACAAAUUGUGGAGUUCCAAGAGGCUUUCAGUUUGUUUGACAAGGAUGGAGAUGGUUGCAUCACUGUGGAAGAAUUGGCAACGGUGAUCCGGUCAUUGGAUCAAAAUCCAACGGAGGAAGAGCUUCAAGACAUGAUAAGCGAAGUCGAUGUCGAUGGUAAUGGUACCAUAGAGUUCGCUGAGUUCUUGAACCUCAUGGCUAACAAAAUGAAGGAGACUGAUGCAGAGGAAGAGCUUAAAGAAGCUUUCAAAGUGUUUGACAAGGAUCAAAAUGGUUAUAUAUCAGCUAAUGAGCUGAGGCACGUGAUGAUCAAUCUAGGUGAAAAACUAACGGACGAUGAGGUCGAACAGAUGAUCAGGGAGGCUGAUUUGGAUGGUGAUGGUCAAGUUAACUAUGAUGAAUUCGUGAAGAUGAUGAUGACUGUCUAAUCACAAGCUUUUCGAUUGAUAACAUCGAAUAUAAUCAUAUUCCAAUUUGUUUGUCUUUUAAUUGUUUAACCAAUUAAUUAAUGUAAUCUCCAGGAAAAAAAAUAUAUAACUUAGAAAUUUUCCUUGCUGUAUUUGUCUUCUUGAUUCUAUUCUUUCAAUGGCUGUAUUGGUUAAAAAUUAAAUGACAAAAUAAAUCUGGUAACUUUGUGUU